CUGUCUCCCUCUCUCGACAAACUGCCCAGGAGUGAGCAGCUGCUCUCGGAGGGCCCGACGGAGACGGACAGACACACUGACUGCCUGACACCCAAGCCUGCCAACUAGCCAGCCUGUGCCCGGCUGCUUGCCCUUCCCAGGCAUGCCCACCAUGUGGCCCCUGUGGCUCCUCGCAUCCCUGCUGGCCCUGAGCCAUGCCCUGCCGUUUGAGCAGAAGGGCUUCUGGGACUUCACCCUGGACGACGGGCUGCCCAUGCUGAACGAUGAGGAGGCUUCAGGUGCUGAGACGACCUCAGGUGUCCCGGACCUGGACUCCCUCACGCCCACCUUCAGCGCCAUGUGUCCUUUUGGCUGCCACUGCCACCUGCGGGUUGUUCAGUGCUCCGACCUGGGUCUGAAGUCUGUGCCCAAGGAGAUCUCCCCCGACACGACGCUGCUGGACCUGCAGAACAACGACAUCUCCGAGCUCCGCAAGGAUGACUUCAAAGGCCUCCAGCACCUUUACGCUCUCGUCCUGGUGAACAACAAGAUCUCCAAGAUCCACGAGAAGGCCUUCAGCCCCCUGCGGAAGCUGCAGAAGCUCUAUAUCUCCAAGAACCACCUGGUGGAGAUCCCUCCCAACCUGCCCAGCUCCCUAGUGGAGCUCCGAAUCCAUGACAACCGCAUCCGCAAGGUGCCAAAGGGCGUGUUUAGUGGGCUGCGCAACAUGAACUGCAUUGAGAUGGGCGGGAACCCCCUGGAGAACAGUGGCUUUGAGCCUGGAGCCUUCGAUGGCCUGAAGCUCAACUACCUGCGCAUCUCUGAGGCCAAGCUCACCGGCAUCCCCAAAGACCUCCCCGAGACCCUGAAUGAACUCCAUCUGGACCACAACAAAAUCCAGGCCAUCGAGCUGGAGGAUCUGCUCCGCUACUCCAAGCUGUACAGGCUGGGCCUGGGCCACAACCAGAUCCGCAUGAUCGAGAACGGGAGCCUAAGUUUUCUGCCCACCCUGCGGGAGCUGCACUUGGACAAUAACAAGCUGUCCAGGGUGCCUUCUGGCCUUCCGGACCUCAAGCUCCUCCAGGUGGUCUAUCUGCACACCAACAACAUCACCAAGGUGGGCGUCAACGACUUCUGCCCUGUGGGCUUCGGGGUGAAGCGGGCGUACUACAACGGCAUCAGCCUCUUCAACAACCCUGUGCCCUACUGGGAGGUGCAGCCAGCCACUUUCCGCUGCGUCACUGACCGCCUGGCCAUCCAGUUUGGCAACUACAAAAAGUAGAGGCAGCGGCAGCCACUGUGGUGGCCUGGGCGGGGUCUCUGGGGAGCACAGCAGACAUCCUGAAGGGAAGGGCAGAGCGAGGGAGAGAAGCCAGUGCCCAGCUGCACCCAACCCAGCCCCGCCCUUGAUCCCGGACCCCUACUCGCUGCCUCCUGACGCCCUCAUCCUGGCUCCCAAGCGUGCGGAUGGGGCACAAGACCCAGCCACCGUCACAAGCGUCUUGGCUUCAGAGCUGCCCCUGUCCCCCACCUCAUAGCCACUCAGAGGCACCCUCAUAAAGCUUUCUUCCCAUUCACCCUGAGAUCAAAUCGCCCAAGGCUCCGGUCCAAGGAAGACAGUCCCUGGGUCUGGGGGUGGGAAGGGGCUAACAGGGAUGGAGACAGCCCACCCCACCUGCCUGGCACACCUUCCUUCUUCUCAUCUCCUUCCAACUUCCAACCCUCCUUAGCCUGGCCUGCUACCCUUGGCUUUCCAUGCUUCCCCCACCCUUCUACAAG